AUGGACGACCACCGCAAUCCAUCGCCGCCCCACCGCCGCGCCGGAGCGGAGGAGGACGGCGGCGGAGGGCGGGUGACGUGCACGGGGAAGUCGUGUGCGGCGCGGGCGAUCGGCGACUGCGUGGCGCUGUGCUGCUGCCCGUGCGCGGUGGUGAACUGCUUCGUGCUGGCGUUCGUGAAGCUGCCGUGGGCGGUGGCGCGGCGGCGCCUGCGGAGGAGCCGGCGGCGGGUGGAGGUGGAGAGGAAGUGCGACGAAGGGAUGCUUGAAAUCGAGGCCGCCGGAGAGUGUGUAAGCGCGGAGGAGUUGUGGAUUGAGCUGGCGGAGAUUGGCCACUUGGGUUUUGGGAGGAUUUCUUCUGCUGGAAUUAAUUACUACAAAAAGGGCAAUUGA